AUGGCAACCAGAGCUCUGCUGGUUAUCACCUUAACCGCGGCGGUGCUCGGGAUAGCGCUCGGCGCUAGCUACACCGUCGGCGCACCAAGAGGGUCGUGGGAUACCCAGACCAACUAUGUCCAGUGGACCUCCAACCUGAAGUUCCGUGCCGGUGACCAAGUGUUGUUCAGGUACUCCCGAGCGACGCACAAUGUGGUGGAGGUGAGCAAGGCGGACUACGACGCGUGCUCUGCCUCUAGCCCCAUCGCCUCCUUCCAGACCGGCAACGACAUCGUCCCGCUCACAGCCGCUGGCAGCAGGUACUUCAUUUGCGGUGUUCCAGGGCACUGCGAUGGUGGCAUGAAGGUCCGUAUCGACGUUGAGGAAGCAACCCCUAGCGGCAGCACCGGUGCCCCGUCGCCUGUGAGCCCCCGUGGAGCCGCACCGACGGUGGCGCCCAUGCCAAGCGGAACGUCACCCUCAAGUAGCGGUAGCGGCCAGGCGAUGCCUCCGUCGAGCUCAGCGGUAUCUACUGGGGUUGGAUCACUAGGGCUAUGUUUGGGAGUUGCCUUCACAGCCGGUCUGAUGGUCUUCUACUAGAGAGUGGUGUUUCUUUUAUUAUUCUCGACAUUUAGCCGAUCUCAUGUAUACUUGGAUUCAGAGCAUUGGUGUUUUGUACCUUGAUUCAUUAUUAUUUGAUUUAUAAAGUGGAAGAGCUAUUUGCGAUUAA